AUGAACAUUUUCGUGUUUAACUUAUUCAUUUUCUUUGUGUUAUCUUCUUAUCCUUUCCAAAGAUCAAAUAUAGAAGAGUUUGAGUUAACUGAAGAUUAUUCAACUACAGAAAUUAAUGAAUCAGAUCUGGAUUCAUUUUUACAAUUAUUUGACUCUGACAACUCGGAUUAUUUCUUAUCUGAUAACAUUUUUGAAGAAUUUUUUGAUGGUACAGCAAACGUCUUUAAGAAAAUCAUUGACACUUCUUCAGAUGUGAUAUCUGAUACUGGUAAAGCGAUAGGGAAAGUUGUUGAUACUGUUGUAGAAAAAGCCGAUGUAGUUGCGACUGUAUCUAGUGCUGUAGCUGGAGUUUCGACGGUCCUUGCUGUUAUACCCACACCACUUUCUCCACUUUUUGCGGGAGUAUCUUUAGGAGCCAGUAAAAUUGCUGCCAUAGCAAAGUCGGUUGACACGACUGCAAAAACUUUGAAAAAAGCCACUGAAGUCGGUGGUGAGAUGGUUGUAGAUAAUGUUGUAGAUACAGCAAAAACACUUACAAAAGAUGGACUUCAGACAAUAGCAAAAGAGGCACUAAAGCAGACAUUUGAACCGGCACUUCAAGGAAUAGCAAGUGGGAUUGGACUUGAAGGGGAUAUUGUGAAUAAAAUAGCAUCCAAAACGACUGAUUAUAUUGGGGAUAAAGCAAGUAAACUGAGUGGAAAUGCACUUGAAGUCGCCAAUGAUUAUGUAGACCAAAUGGGUACAAAAGCCAAAAAUUUGGCAAAAAGUAAUUUGAAUAAAGGAAUUGGAACAGGUUAA